CUAUUCUUUAUGUAUCCUCUGUCCUCUGGUUGCCUGCUCAGUAUCUGGUUACUAUCAAGAAGCCCUUUCUUGUCCAAACUGAAGCUUUUCAAGGCCAGCAGCGGAUGUCCAGGGAGUUCAUGCAGGCCAGCCAGAUGAUUGGUGAUUGGGUAUAUCCAGGCCAGGCCUUAAUCUGGGCCAUUUGGAUCCUUGCAACAGUCAUCAGGGGACCCAUGGCUCAAAUGCCAGAGAGGGACACCAUGCUGGGACGUGUCCAGGGGAAGCAAGUCAAUGUGAUGGGAAACAACGUGGCUGUGAAUGUGUUCCUUGGGAUCCCUUAUGCUGCACCCCCUGUGGGGCCCCUGCGAUUUAAGGACCCUCAACCUCCAACUCCCUGGAAUGACUUGCGUCAAGCCACCACCUACCCUGAUGUGUGUUACCAGGACAAAGAGUGGAUGGCAUCACAUCAAGACCUUCUCAGGGUGCACUACCCCAAAUUUGGAAUGUCGGAAGACUGCCUGUACCUUAACAUCUACGCGCCAUCGCACGCCGAUAGGGGCUCCAAUCUCCCUGUCAUGGUGUGGUUUCCAGGUGGUGGCUUCCAGGGUGGCUCGGCCUCCAUCUUCGAUGGGUCUUCCCUGGCUGCCUAUGAGAAUGUGGUGAUUGUGAACAUUCAGUACCGCCUAGGAAUAUUUGGCUUCUUCAGCACACAUAACGAGUACGCCUCAGGGAACUGGGCCUUCAAAGAUCAGGUGGCUGCUCUAACCUGGAUCAAGGAAAACAUCGCCUUCUUUGGUGGGAACCCCAACUCUGUGACCAUCUUUGGAGAGUCAUCUGGAGCCAUAAGUGUUUCAAACCUUAUUCUGUCCCCCAAGGGCAAGGGCUUAUUCCACAGAGCCAUCAUGGAGAGUGGGGUGGCCAUCAUCCCACAGCUGAAGUCCCUGGAAGUUGAGAAGAAGGAGGAUCUUCAGAUUAUUGCAGAUGACUGUGGCUUCGAUAUAUCGAACUCCCAGGCCCUACUGAAUUGCCUCAGGUCAAAAACCGCCAAGGAGUUGCUGGUUCUCAGUCAGAAAGCAAGCUAUUUCACUCGAGUGGUUGAUGGUGUUUUCUUUUCUGAAGAUCCUAUACAAACACUGACUAAAAAAACAUUUAACCCAAUUCCUUGUAUCAUUGGAGUAAAUAACCAUGAAUGCGGUUUCCUUCUGCCCAUGGCGGACACUCCUGAGAUCUUCAAAGGCUACAACAAGACUCAGGCCAUUAACAUACUUCAGUCUUUCCUGCACAUCUCUUCCAAAUAUAUGCACAAUGUGACUCAAGAAUACUUCGCUGGCAAGGAGACCAUGACUGAAAUCCGAGAUAGUUUUCUGGACUUGCUUGGAGAUGUGUUCUUUAUGGUCCCUGGAAUAGUGACAGCUCGACAUCACAGAGAUGCUGGUUCUGCGGUAUACUUCUAUGAGUUUCAGCACCGGCCUCUGUGCUUUGAAAAAACCAAGCCAGCCUUCGUCAAAGCCGACCACACGGAUGAAAUCCGCUUUGUCUUCGGAGGUGCCUUUCUGAAGAGCGACAUCGUCAUGUUUGAUGAAGCUACCGAGGAGGAGAAGAGGCUGAGCAGGACAAUGAUGAGAUACUGGACUAACUUCGCUCGGACCGGGAACCCCAACGGGGAAGGUGUGCCCAACUGGCCGGUCUACGAUAAGCAGGAGCAGUACUUGGUACUGGAUGUGAACCUGAGGGUCGAACAGAAACUGAAGGAGUCAAAAGUGCAAUUUUGGACCCAGAAUCAAUCCAUGAUCAUGUCUCCGGGAGAUCUGAUCAGCCCUCAUUUCUCCUUAAUCUUCUUUUCUCUGCCAGUGGCUGUCUUUUUCUCUUUAACUCCUUAGAAGUCAUCUUUGUGUGAUUCUGAUUUUCCUCCUUCUCAGAUUCUUCCUCAAUCAUUAGCUUCUUUCUCAGAUUAUCUGCUCUCUGUGGAGAUCUUUGUGGAAUAAGCAACUUUAGCUGAUGUUUUAUGACUUGGGAAAGGUCCUUAUGAUAGUCUUUUCAACAUCACACAAUGCAAUUUGUCUUGGAUCUCUUCAAUAAGUCUGGAGAAGAGCCAUUAGUUGUUAUAAUAAUGAUCUUGUUACUCCUAUGAAAUAAACUUGGAAUGUGAAAUACA